AUGAAGUGAUGUGAUCAUGAGAGAGCAGCAGCUCAGAGCAGGUGGAGCUGGAUAUAUGUAGUCAUGUCAGGAUACUGAAGCAGAAAAACAGAUUUCUGUUCAUCCUUCAAACUGACCAUAUUUUUCAUUGAACCACAACAGAAUGAUGCAUCCACGAGCACUUGAACAGAAACUGUUUUUUAUCAGAGAUUAUUUCAAAAAGUGAAAUAUUUCCACUGUGUUUUACUCUGGACAGCAGGAGGGACUAAUGCAUAUUCAUGACUGACUACUUGUUUCUCACUUCCUCUUAUCAGAGGAGCUGUAGAUUAUCAUAAACUUCCUGCAUGCCAUCACUUAGCAUAUUUACUGCAGACUGUUUGGAUGCAGAGGACGACACAUCAGACGCUGGUGUAGUGAACUCAUUCAGGUGUUGCAGCUUUCAAAGGUCUUCAGCUGUCUCCCUUCACCUCACCAGGCUCCAUGUGAAACUACCACCAUGUUCAGAUGUGAGAAAAGUCGACAGUAAAAUAAGACAACCACCCAUCAAACACAACUCCAAUGUGUUCUCCUGGAUGCCAACAUGUCAACAAAAUAUGUCCGCCGCUGACUUCACAGACUUUCACUCUUUUCCUGAUAGAGUGAAUGACUUUCUCUACUAUCAACACUGUCGCCAUUUCCCCUUGUUACUGGACCUUCCUGACAAAUGUGGAGGAGCUGAUGACUCAGCAGAAGUCUUUCUUCUGCUGAUCAUUAAAAGCACCCCUGAGAACUACGACCGUCGAGAGGUGCUGCGCAAAACCUGGGCUAAGGAGAGGUUACACAAGGGUGUGUGGAUCCGAAGGAUCUUCAUCUCAGGAACAACAAAUUCUGGUUUUGAGAAAGACAGAAUGAACAAAUUGCUCGAGCUGGAGCAACGUGAGUACAAUGACAUCCUUCAGUGGGACUUCAGGGACACAUUCUUCAACCUCACCUUGAAGCAAGUUCUCUUCCUGGAAUGGAUGGAAAGAAACUGUCCAAACGUUCGCUUCCUGUUCAACGGUGACGAUGACGUCUUUGCCAACACAGACAACAUGGUGGAGUACCUCCAAGAUCUCAAAGAUACUAAUGGAAGUAAACACCUUUUUACUGGCCACCUCAUCGAGAAUACGAAGCCUAUCAGAGACCCAAAUAGCAAGUAUUUUGUCCCAGUCCAGGUGCAGAAGUCCGACUUAUAUCUUCCUUACUGUGGUGGUGGUGGCUUCCUCUUGUCUGGUUAUACAGCUUUGGUCAUAUACAAAAUGUCACACUCUAUUGCCCUUCACCCCAUUGAUGAUGUUUACAUGGGAAUGUGUCUGGCUAAAGCAGAACUUAGUCCUACUCGCCAUAUGGGAAUGCUGUUGGAUGGUCUGUAUGUUCCCUCCAAGAAACUAGAUGAAUACGACCCUUGCUAUUACAGAAACAUUUUAGUGGUACACAGAUUCCUUUCAGCUCGCAUGUAUUAUUUGUGGCAAAGAAUACAUGAUCCUGAUCUGAAAUGUGGCAGCACCAAACUGUAACUUCCAGCUGGCUGCACUUUGCUUGAUGAUGAUUUGGUUUGGACUGUUUUCCUUCUACUGGUCAGAUGUCCAGUGGAUCUUUUUUCUGAGAAAAUUGUCUGGCUGACAUAAUAAUUAAUUUUGAGUGUUAACAUUGCCACUGUUAUCACUGUUAGCCGAGAACGUCCAGAAGGGCGUAGCAGUAGCAGCCUAAGUAAGGAAAGGCAGGAUUGAGGAAAGAGUAAAUAUCUGUGAAUAAACAUACACAGAUUAAUGUUUGAUAUUAGGAGUUUAGGAGGUAUUUCUCUGGUAUUUGAUUAAUUCAGCUUCAGCUCGUUUCCUGUAAAUGUGAAGCUAUGCUGGUUGUUGUUGUGACCUCAGGAUAACUGAACACAAGAGUUUUGUAGUGUGUCAGGUCA